UGGUUGCAGUUGCUGAUGAUUUCACGGCAACAGCAGCGAAAGACGGAGCGCGCUCCGGUAGCUGGAGACUGAAUGAGAUGCUGCAAAGGGGAAAGAAAAGAGGCAGCGUGUGAGAGCGAGUCAGAGACGCGGAGUGGAAGGCUGGGAGCCAGGGAAGGGCUCUGGCUGGAGGAGAGUCUCCCAGGUGUACUGCAGAAGCUUUUUGGAAAUGGAUGCAAGGACCAUCUGCUGCCUGUAGAUUACAGGGCUGUAGACUAGGGAGCGGAGGGAAAGAGCUUACGGCUCUUUGGAAUAAAAAUUGAAGUUCUGCAUAACUGAUUCAUCAAGAUAAAUCAUGAGUAGGAUAUUGCAUGGGGUAUUAACGUAUAAAUCCAUGCUACAGAUAGACAGAGUACAGCCCACAUUGCUAUAAAAAAUAAAACCAGCAACAAUGCAGUUAAUAAAUUCUGCAGUGAUUAUCUGAUUUAUGUGCGAAGAAAAAGAGAAGCAAAACACAGACAGCUCUUACUGCACUGUGGCAUUUGCAAGGACUGCGUUUAAUGCUGAGAGAUGCUAUACAUUAAAUCUGACAACUGUGAAAAGAGAGAUCAUGGAGAAGUCAAGUAGUGAGGAUUCUUCAAUUCACCGGAGUCCAUCUUUGGAUAGCAAAGACUCAGAUUUUGCUAAACCUUCUACCUCAGGGAGGCAAUUUGGUCGAGGUUUUACUGCUGGAGCUUUCUAUGGUACAACUGGAUCACGCACACAGAGCCACAGUGGGGUCGGAACUGGGACCGGCAUUGGGACUGGCGUAAAAAGUGACAAAUACAGUGCACCCAAAGGCAGCAAAUACGUGGUCUUUUACCUGGAUCUAUCCUUUGUUUUCCUUUUAGAAUUUAAGAAGUGCAACAUGGCAAGAGGCUGCCUGUGUUGUUUGAAAUACAUGAUGUUCCUUUUCAAUUUAAUAUUUUGGUUAUGUGGCUGUGGUCUGCUGGGUGUGGGCAUCUGGCUGUCGGUGUCGCAAGGAAACUUCGCCACGUUUUCUCCUAGCUUCCCGUCGCUCUCCGCUGCCAACCUGGUCAUUGCCAUCGGCACAGUCAUCAUGGUGACAGGCUUUCUGGGCUGUCUCGGUGCUAUCAAGGAAAACAAGUGCCUCCUGUUGAGUUUUUUCAUCGUUUUGCUGAUAAUUCUCCUGGCAGAGCUGAUAUUACUCAUAUUGUUCUUCGUUUAUAUGGACAAGGUCAGUGAGAGCGCAAAGAAUGAUUUGAAGGAAGGUAUGAAGCUAUACAAUUCAGAAAAUAAUGUUGGACUGAAAAAUGCAUGGAAUAUCAUUCAAGCAGAGAUGAAAUGCUGUGGUGUGAAUGACUUUACGGAUUGGUACCCAGUGCUGGGAGAAAACACUGUCCCAGACCGAUGUUGUACGGAAAACUCCCAAGACUGUGGACGGAACUCCACCGAACUAGUGUGGAAAACGGGAUGUUAUGAGAGGGUGAUGACCUGGUUCGAUGAGAAUAAGCAUCAUGUCCUUGGUUCGAUUGGGAUGUGCAUCCUUAUAAUGCAGAUCCUUGGCAUGGCCUUCUCCAUGACACUCUUCCAGCAGAUUCACAGGACUGGCAAAAAAUAUGAUGCCUAAAGCCUCUGAAACAUUAUCACAUCAACCUUUCUGUCUCGUCAUAAAAAUGAACAAAAGGAAUGACCGCAGAGUAUCAAGCCUAGCCCUGCUGAGGGAAUCCGUCCCAUCGACCGAUCUACUUUGUUGUUACUUGUCCAGUUAUUAUCACAACUUGUUAUCUGACUAUUUUAUUUUUUAUUUUGUCUGCUUCACAUUUGUCAUUUAUUUGCCAAAGAGGGGGGGAAACCUCCCAAACAAAUGGAUUUUCUACACAAAAUCAUAGAUCUGCUCUAAGAAUGUUUCUUAACUUAAGAAAAUGUUUUGCUCUACUAAUCCAUGCUUUAUGUGCAAAAAUUAUGUGUGUUCAACUUCAAGGGAGAAUUCUUCAAAGUCUUCCAUUAAGUUUUCAACCCUCAUGUCCAAUUUACUGGAAGACUCGGAAAAGCCACUCUAACUGAGAGUCCUAGAAAUUGGAGCUGCUUUGCUUUGCAGCUUCUUGUACCUUAUGGUGUAUACUUUUUUAUUAUGGUAUUGAUGAUGAUGAUGAUUAUGAUGGAUAUAGCUUAGAAUUUAGUUGCCUGACUUAUAACUUCUUACUGGUUUUGGUUUUUCACAUUUAUUGUACAUUAAUUUGGGAACCACUGUGCGAUCUCCAGAGGACAUAGAUUUCAAAGUCGACAGUUUGUGCGGGCAAAUAAAGACAUAACUUUUCUCAAGCCCAUGGGGAGGCAUCGUCUACCUUUAUCAGGGCCUUGUUGCCUGUACUGUAACAAAGGUGGUACCUUCUAAGUCAGAGACUCUUUCCUCAGAUGGAAUGCAAUGCCUUCCCAUCGGACCACAUGGUGAGCUCCCUACUCCCAUGAGGCAAAGUUCCAAUGCCUUUACUCGCCCAAAGCAGUGUCUGGGUGCUACUUUAAAAGCUAAAAGUCUACUCGCUAAGCAAGUUAGUGCUCCCUGGCACAAAGGAGAGAGAUUGCAGUCUGCCCUACCGGGCAGUUGGCAGCAGACUUCACAGAUUGUCUUCUCUGUUUCAAAAAGUUUGCCCAAGGCAUGGCAUGCUGCUGGACAUGAGGGAAGGGGAUGGCAAUUUGAUGGCAACAUUGUCAUGCCACAUGGUAUUGUCAUUUCAUUUCCUCGGGCAGAUGAGAGCGCUCUCCCCGAGCUGGAAAAGGUGGUUUGAUUGAAGGUGACCAUAUGGUGCAGGAAAGGGGCAAUUUCCAAAGUGACACUCGGAGACAGUAUGUGUCACGUCUUCCGUACAGAAUUAGGUCUUGCUGAUGGAUUGCCAAGUGCAUCCAGUGGUAUAGUUCAGAGUUCACUGCAAUGUGUAUUUUUAACAACAUUCCUGUUAGAAAACUUGAACAACCUUGAACGUGUAUUUCUUUAGUUUGAGUGCUGCUUCGUUGCAAGCAGCCCCCCUUUACCCUUUGUUCCAAGUUUUUGCUGUUUUGUGAAGGAAGAAGGAAAGGCUCAGAUAUUGGAGGGUGUUCUGAUUUAACUCCUGUCACGGCUCAACUCAGCUCUGAAAGAAACACUGCUAUUUUUAUUAGUAGCAGUCAGAAGUGACCUUUAGAGGUUACUUCAUUCAAUAUCACUCUCAAAGGGGUACUGUCGUAGAAUCAAAGAAUGGUUUGAGUUGGAAGAUCAUCUAAUUCCAAUCCACCUGCCACGGGCAGGGAUACCUUCCACUAUACCGGGUUACUCAAAGCCCCAGCCAACGUGGGCCUGUCAUCUGUGUGUCCUGGUGUGCAUGCAGUAGCCCUUGGAACAGUCCAGCCCAAACCACGACACUAUAUGAGACGGGACAUUAUUGAGCUGAGUUUCAGAAACGGUUGAGGAUGGAGAUUUUGUGCCUUUCAGAGCCAUGCCAUGUCAAACUACUCCUCUGGUGAACAAGUUUCUCUUAAUGUCCAGUCUGAAUAUUUCAACUCUUAAAAUGUACCAUUUUCAUUGUAUCAUUCAGUCUACCUUUUCCUUGUGGGCUGAAAUAGCUGUUGAGCCACUUCAUCUCUGGGAGUUUUCAGUCCCCUCUUUAUCUUCCUGAUAGGUCCUGCAUACAUCUGGCAGCAAUAGUGUUUCGUGUGGCCUACGUGUCACUUUUUUGAGUUCCUAUGAAAUCAGUGUGACAGUAAGGAAUGUGAAUGUGUGGGAUACAGAGACGAAUCCGGGUGUUGUAGUGAAGGAGGAGGUUACUGUUCUUAGAGCACGGCCCUUGCCCAUAUGAGCACAAUACCCAAAGUUUCACAGGGCUUUUCUUUCCCACUGAAGCAGCCAAUGCCAUAUGGGUUCAUCUGUUUCACUUACGUUGCCUUUGAAAGAGUCAGGGAAGAAGCAGAGGGAAACCACAGAACUGAAUCCAGUUUUACUUCCAUUUCUAACAAAAAUUGGGACCAGGAGCAUCUGAGCCCCACUGGAGAUGGAUGUUCCAUGUUGAAGAAAGGGCUCCGAUGCCCAGUGUACUUGCUGCUACAUGUAAGACUGUAUCCCAAGUUGCUAAGAUGCGUUCCUAUUUCUGCAAGAAAAGACAAGAUGAUUUUUAUCCGAUGGCUCCACUGCAUUCUCCCCUUGGGCAGAGGUGCUUAGCAUUCUCUAGCUUUCUCUGGUGUUCAAAAAGAGCAGGGUGCAGGGCUAAGCAGGAGCAUCAUUUCUGUCCUUUUGGGUCGCACAGUCGUACCUGCCGCAUCUUAAAUUUUAAUCUGCAGUCAGUUUUUGUACAAAAAAAUGGUAAAAUAUAUUAGUGAAAGUAAUAAGGAAAUAAAAAAAAUGUUUAUGAAUAACUCAGAAAUGAAAUGUAUAGUUGCAAACUCAGAUACUUUGCCUUUCAUCCAAACUUAUUUUUCUAGAAUGCUUCAUUCCAUUUCACGAUCUAGCAGCGUAGAUCCUGAAAUCUUUUUUUAAUGACUACUUUUGGCAUUUUAAGCACAGUAUUAAGUGAGAUAGUUACACGAGCUUCACGUAUUCAUCUCUAUGAUGCCACCUGCAAGAAAGGAGUCAAAAGCAGGGCUGAUUUGUGUCUCUUAGCUGGCUCUCUGAUGUGGGAGGUGAUGACAGACAUCUUGAAAGGAGCAGAAAAAUAAUGCCAUUUUCCAGGUAACAAAAAACAGCCCUGGAAAGUGUGAGGCUGCAUCAGUCAGUUUGUCAGAGAUGACACUAACUGCCCUGUAAAUUGGUCAAGGGGAGCUUUGGCUCAUGUAUGUAUGCACUUUUUUUGCUUAUGCUGGUGGGUGGGUGGCUGUGUGUUUUCCCUAAAUGUCACUCUGAUUAUUUAACUAUAAGUUUUUAGCAUGUUUUUAAAUAAAAACUGAUACUGAGUAAAAGUAUCUUUAAUAUACACAAAUACUGAUUUGUAUAAAUGCAUACCUCUCUGUACCUCUAAUUCAUGAAAGCACAGUUCAAGUGUGUGAAAGUGCUGUUUCUCUGAGUGUUCCUUCAGACUGUAGCAUACCUGCUGUCUCACUGUGCUUCAGGCUUGAAAGCUGCAGCAGAACUUAAGCAGAGGCAUAACAGAACUGCUUGAAGAACCUCUACGUGAAGGCUGUUGAAGUGAUAGCAGUGAAUUCUGUUCCCUCCUGGUGGUACCAAGGCUGUUAAGUUACAGGAAGCCCAGGUGGAGAGCGCUUAAAAGAAUUGCCCAUAGCUAAGAAGCAUGUGAGAUGAUGAAAACAAUGGCACAAAUGUCUCCAAGAUGACAGAAGAUGCCUUGUAAUUUCAUGCAUUGAGUUCCUGGACUGUGGUCGUGUUAGGCCAACUUUCAUAUCCUGUGUCCACUCCGCAUUUGUGUGCAUGAAAUACAAACUCAUACACAGGAAGGGUGCAAGCAGAGGACAGCUGAACUGAUACUCAUGGUCUUUCUUGGGCAAUGUAUUGGCCAGGCAUGGAAAAGGCAAGGAGGAGAAGGGUGUUUUCCCAGCAGAUAGUUCUUGGGAGCAGCAUGGAAAGGGCACGCGUGAUUCUGAUGUAACUUCUUUCCAUAGAGUUGAGCAACUUCAUGCUGUAGCUGGCAUGGGGAAACCUGAAGAUGUUUGCCUAUGGGCUAGCCAUCUAUUGUGCAGUAGAUAGUAGACACUAAGAAACAACAUGCCAUUCCCACCAGGUGAUGUUUGCACCAGUGUUUCUUCUAUGCAAUACCUACUUUCGCCUUUAUAUAAAAGAUUUUUACUAGGAUGAUAUAAAAAUAAAGGAUUUUUUAAAAGGUG